GAAACUACAAACUACAUAAGCUAGGGAGUUUCAUAUUGUGUCACAGCGUAGAGUACGAGAAAAAGUUGUUGGUAGGGACUGCUUUGCCUUCAUUCAUCACCAGUGAAUAGGAUGAGUGCUACUGAAAAGAUUCGAUCCAUGAGACUCAGGUUAAUUUAUUCUUCUCUCGCUAGCAGCGUGUGUUUGUGUGUGUGUAGUUUCCUCAAACUGCCGAACGUCUUUUGUCAUUUGUGAGGCGAUAGUGCAGUACAAACCAGCCUUCAUUGUAGCUCUGCUCAACAUGUAAGGAUAAGUAAUUCGGAGUGUACUGCUACUAAGAGCUGGAUUCAUGGGAGAAUGAUUUUACUGGAGAGAGCUUGCAUUGAAGCAAGUGGAGGAAAAGUGCAAGAGCUGUUCAUGAAUAUAUUCUCAUCGGUAGAAUAAUUUUAAUCUUGUGAAAGUUUAUACCUUUGAGGACUAGUAUUGAGGAGUGCGUGCAAGUCACAUGACGAGAUACAAGUUUUCACAUUACUUGGACUUGAAAAAAUGACUCACUUUUUAUGAUGGUUUUGUUUACCGUGAAGGAACGUCUAGAUAUGACUUUGUUGUGAAAUAAUCUAAUGACAGGAGGAUGUUCUCAAGGGAAGUUGGACAAUUAGCACUGUUACAUGAUCAUGAAUGAGGCACCGUCAUCUCAUGUCGUUCUUGGUUGUCUCAGUCUGGAUAAUCGUGUGUUGAGUUCUAAUGUUGAAACGGACAAAACUGCAGAUGUGGCACUGCCAUACACUUUAAUUGGCUGUACAGCUAGUUGUGUUCGUUUUGGGAUGUAUUAAUUGCUGUGAUACACUUUGAUUGGCUGUGCUACAGAGUGUAACAGUGAGAUGUAACAUUGUGCACACUUUUAAUAGCUGAUAUACAGAGUGUAACUUUAGGAUGUAAUAUUGUGUUGCACUAUUAUUAGCUGUUAUACAGAAGUGUAACAUUGGGAUGUGUUACAAUUUAAUUGGCUGUUUACAGAAGUAUUACAAUGGGAUGUAACAUAUUGAUACACUCAAAGUGUCUGUACUACAGAGUGUAACAUUUGAAUGUAACAUAGUGACACUUAAAGUGUUUAUUUUAUGGAGUGUAACAUUGGAACGUGACAUAGUGAAACACUCAAAGUGUCUAUUCUAGAGAGUGUAACAUUGGAAUGUAAAAUCGUGAUACACUCAAAGUGUCUUCUCUACAGAAGUUUAACAUUGAGAUGUAGCACUGUGCGGCACAUUAAUUGGCUUUCUACCUGAAAUGAAUAUUUUUUUAAAACGUGUGAAGUGGAUGCCAAACUUUGAGAUGGAGUGAGUUCACAUGCUGCCGAAGCUGAGCCACAAUGAUAGACAGGAAGUAGCAGGGAACGAUGUGUUUAGCUAAUGAGUUGUACAUGAUUCAUAGGCUGUGUGCACUGGAUAGAUAGAUUCCAUUACGAUGGUUGUGGCUCAGGACACAUGAUAGCCAAACCUGUGGAGUGAUAAUGGUCGCAGCCUAGAACCACACUAAAUGGAACUGUGUUUGUUCGCUGGAUAAAAAUAUUGGUUUGCAGCUAAGCACAUGGAUUGAAGCAGGCAAUUUCAAUGUGCAAGUAUUGAUGCUUGUAGAGAGGACAUGUAUAUCGCAAAAACCUUGUUUGGAUAAGAGGACUCUGAGGAGAGAGAGACUACGCACCCAAAAUGUUUGUCAUCGAUAGAUGGAAUAAUUGAGCAGAAAUCGGGGAUAAUCCUUGUUUGAGUUUCUAGAGACUGUGUUUGCCUUGCGGUGAAUAUUGGUAAAAAUGUGCCUGCUAAGCAUUGUGAGGAGGAUGUUGGUGGUGAUGGUGGUGGUGUCGUCUUUGGUGAUGAUACAGGGUCAGGAGUUUAAUCUGAUGUAUCAAGUUCUUGAGGAACAACCAGAAGGAACGUUUGUUGCAAAUAUUGCCAAUGAUUUGAUUCGUAACUUAUCGUUCACUGCUGAAGAGCUUAACAACCACAAGUAUUCCAUGUUUACAAAGGAUGUUUUGAUUACAAACAAAUUUUCUAUUGAUGAAACAACAGGAAUUAUUACAACUGGGAUGAGGCUGGAUCGAGAAACUGAAUGUGAGAUGAAGAAGGAUUGUGAAUUGAGUUUUGAUGUAGGCUUCUACUAUAGGCAGCCCAAUAAAGAUACUCUUGCAGUGGGAGAAAGAAUUGUUCGGAUUGCUGUCAAACUGGAAGACAUCAAUGACAAUUCUCCCACAUUCCCAGAACGAGCCAUCACACGGAACAUAUCUGAAUCUGUCUCUGUUGGACAUAUCAUUGCAAUUUCCCCAGCAAUAGAUAAAGAUAUGACAGGCAAUAAUUCUGUGAAGACAUACAAACUGUUUCCUAGUGAUGGAGCAUUUGGGUUGAACAUCGAAGAAGAUCUAUCAGGUAAUCAGGAGAUUGGAAUUAUAGUAAAGCAGGUCUUGGAUAGAGAAACCGAAUCUUCCUACCGACUAACCAUCUUUGCUAAAGACGGAGGAAGCCCCCGAAGAUCCGGAUCUGUUGACAUCAACAUUGUGGUGACUGACGUCAAUGACAACACUCCCCACUUUGACAUCAGAACCUUCACAGUAUUGGUGAAGGAAGAUCAUCCUGUUGGUUCCACCAUCUUGACACUGACAGCCAUGGACGAAGACAUCGGGAAGAAUAGUGAACUGUCGUACAGCAUCAGUCCAAGAGCUACAAGCAAGGUCACAGAAACGUUCAUGAUCGAUAGUGUAAGUGGGGAACUUUACCCUAUCAAACAACUGGAUUAUGAACAGGAGAAGCAAUACCAUUUCCCUGUUGUUGUUCAAGACCAGGGGAACCCUGUCCGUUCCACUGAAGCAUCUGUGAUUGUGAAUGUGACCGAUGUCAAUGAUAAUGCUCCCCAGAUCAACCCCAAACAGUACCUGUUUAAUCUGUCUGAGUCUGCCAAACCCGGAUCCUUCUUUACUGUGUUCUCUGUUGUUGAUUCUGACCGAGGUGACUAUGGACAGGUGAAUUGUUCCAUCACAGAUCCACGUUUCCGAUCAGAAUAUUUCCAGUACAGUUAUUGGCGUAUUUACCUUGACAAGCAGUUGGAUUACGAACAGACAAAGGUGAUUGAGGUGAAUAUCACAUGCAAGGAUUCGGGCACACCUCCUAAGAAAAAUAUAACCUCAAUUGUUGUACAGGUUCAAGAUGUCAAUGACAACAUUCCAGUCUUCCCAAAUUCUACAAUGUUUGCACAUAUAUCUGAGAACAACAAUGUUGGGGAUCAUAUAACAACACUCAAGGCUAUUGAUAUAGAUGGCCCAGGCAAUAACGACAUGCGUUACCACAUCGUGGGAUCCUCACGGUUUGUAACUUUAGACAGUGUUACAGGAGAAAUGAAAGCCAAGAAAGUUUUUGAUUGUGAGAUCCAGUCAUCGUUUGAAGUUCCUGUUAUAGUUAUGGAUGCCAAAUUCCCAUCUAUGAAUUCUACAGCAUCAGUUGUGGUUACGGUCCAGGAUGAGAAUGACAUGCCGCCCCGAUUCACGAAACCCCUUUUCAAGUUCAAUAUCACUGAGAAUCUCCCUGCCUAUUCAGUUUGUGGUACACUAACAGCAGUGGAUCCAGAUGCAAGUAAUAAUUUUGUGUUUUCAUUCAGGGACACAGAAGCAGUGAGGAAUUUGUUUAAGUUGGAUUCCAGAACCGGAGAUAUUCGUUCAGCAGUGAAACUUACAAGGGAAGACAACAUUCAGUACAAUUUCGGUGUGAUAGUCAUGGAUCCUGAUAAGGCAUCUUUCCGAAACACAGCAGACGUCACCGUGUAUGUAAUGGAGGAUUUGGAUAAACCGCCAGUCAUCACAUUCCCAAACCGAUUUAAUAAUUCUGUUAGUGUCCCAUUCAACAGUAAAACUGGCACUCUGAUUGGGACAAUUCAGGCCAUUGAUGAUGGACGUGAUGGUCAAAUCAUUCUCACUUUUACAAUCGAACAGGGUAACGAGAAGACGUUAUUUCGGUUAAAUCCUCUGACAGGAAAGUUAACUGUGGCCCGAGCCAUUACUUCUGAAGAUGAAGGUGACCAUGAAAUGCUCGUAGCUGUUCACGAUAAUGGCAUUCCGAGACAUACUACUUAUUCAUAUUUCACAGUCACAAUUGAACAUGACACAGCAAAUGCAUCCUUCGAUUACCUGCCCAUUGUGAUUUCUCUUUCCUGUCUGACAGUGAUAAUUGCACUCACAAUUUUGCUGGGGAUCCUGUGUAUGAAGAAACGAGACAAGAAGAGGAGAGAGGAGUUGAAGAAACAGGAGCAGGGGGUGAAUAUCUAUACCCUACCCCCCGGGAAUGACCCAGACACCCCCAGGUACACCUCCCACAGCAGUCUGUCCCGGAAGAAGGUGUUUGACGAGAUUGAGAGGAACAGCUAUAAGUUCAGAGAUGAUGUGAUGGAGUCCUCAUUCCAGGAGGAAGAAGAUGACAAAAUUUCAGAUUUAUCCCACAUAAAAGACUACAGCUCACACGGAAGUACAUUUGACCCAGGUCGGAAGUAUAUGAAGUAUAGGCAAAACUCCUUCUUGGGCAGAGUAGACGAUGGUGCCAGCGAUGUCUCCAUGGCAACAGACAGUGGGCGUGGCACUAGUGAUGAAGACAUCAACAGCAACCGUGCCCUAAUGCUGAUGCAUACUGAUUCAGUAAUCAGCAACUGCAGCAACUGCAGUCUUGUAUAGGUGAAAUCCAGUAACUAGCUGAGCCUUGAUCAAAAUUCUAGUGUUGAGAGAUCUGCCCUUAAGCGUUCUGUGAUAGCAUGUUGAUGAGGUGUAUGAGUGUCAGGGGAACCUGACUUCUUCCAGUGUCAGAGCUAGGUAUCUCAGGACUAGAUCUGUUUGAAGUUAUUUCUCUCAUCUCAGGACAUCCGAUUAUAUGGGAGAAAUUUGUUUCUCAAUCUACUCCAGUGUUACAGUCUAUGCCUUGUGUAUCUGUGUGAAUAAAUGAGGACUGUUUGCAUACAUGUGUCCAGUGGAGAAAUAUGUGACCACGUCUGUGAUCAUGAGUCACACUGACAAAUGGAGUGGUAUCGGAAGUCGUGACACUUGUGUUCAAAUGAGAAAAUAAUGUGAACAACGGUAUAAGAAAAUGUGACAUCUACAGUGGCCAAAGGAGAAAAUAAUCUGAGCAGCAAUUGAAAUGGGAAAAUGUGACCAAAUGAAAAUAUAAUGUGAACAUGUAUGGUAUGGGAAGAUGUGACAUAUGUGCCCAAAGGAGAAAAUAAUGGCAACAUGUAUAGUAUGGGAAGAUGUGACAUAUGUGCCUAAAGGAGAAAAUAAUGGCAACAUGUAUAGUAUGGGAAGAUGUGACAUAUGUGCCUAAAGGAGAAAAUAAUGUGAACAUGUAUGGUAUGGGAAGAUGUGACAUAUAUGCCCAAAGGAGAAAAUAAUGGCAACAUGUAUGGUAUGGGAAGAUGUGACAUAUGUGCCCAAAGGAGAAAAUAAUGUGAACAUGUAUGGUAUGGGAAGAUGUGACAUAUGUGCCCAAAGGAGCAAAUAAUGUGAAUAACAGUACGGGAGUAUGUGUCAUCUGUGCCCAAAUGAGAAAAUGUGAUCACCUAUUGCAGGAUUUAUACCCAUGAAGAAAACUGUGAUCCAUGUCCAAGGAGAAAAUGUGAUCACUUAUGUGAAUUGUUUUGUUCCAUUUUGAAUGAUAGUGAAUAUUGAAAGAAAACAUGCGUCAGAAUGAGAACACAUUGUUAUAAGAUAGAGACUUAAUAACACAAUGUAUCUAAGCAAUUGACAUGAGAAAUUUGUGUUUAAGAGAGCGAUAAGACAUCUCAUAGGAGAUCCUGUUACAUUGUCUCCAAUGGGCCAAGAUCAUGGAAAGCAAGUUGUGACACAUGUUUUCAGACAUAAGGGGAUUCAGUCUGAUUAAAAUGGGACUGCCUAAAGUUCAUUUGGUCCAUAUUAGCCAACAGUGACAGAUGUGCCGUCUUGUUGGAUCUGGAGUGCAAACGACAUUACCGAAGUGAAUAUGUCUCAUCAGUGAGACGUGACUCAUGUAUGUGAGAAAUUGGUGCUACAAAACAUGAUGGGAGCAGGACAAACUCCCAACAGUGCUCAAAGUGCAAACUCCUGACUCUGCCAUACAGGACACCGCUACCGUUCCUGUGCCUACAAGCAAUGGAUUAGUUUUCGUACAGCAGAUUAAUUUAAAGAGUGCUAUGGACCAAACUCAAGCUGACCUGCGAACAUGAACUCAAAUAUUUUGCCACACAGGACGUUAAUUUUUCGACUGAAACAAAAGAAAUACACAUACUGAUAGUCAAAAUCAUUUAUUGUGAGAGUCGUUUUGAUGAUGCAUGCAUAGACUUUUUGCAGAUUAAUGAGCAUUUCAUUGAAACAUGAAAACUGAAAAAUUCAAGUCUUAGAUUGACGUACAUUCUUAUGGAAGCUUCUGACUGUUAGUUUUCAAUUGCUUCUCCAGUUACAAAGGCUGUAGGAUCCAUUCUGGGAGUAGAAGUAAAUAUCCUCAGGGUGCUGACCAAUUUGAAUAUUAAUCAGAUACUUGCUCCAGGGGCUUAUGCUUUGGUUUACAAUCCAUAUAUUGAACUCAAACAUAGUGUGAUGAAAUUGACACCAUCAUCAAAAUGCUAAAUCUUUAAGGAAAGUCAAUCCCCGCCUCCUUCUUUAACCCUUAUCUCCGACAUGCGGAAGCUAUGGCAAUGGCUGCUUCUCGAGAUGGAGAUUUUUCACCACAAAAGCCUUUCAUUCUAAAGGUUAGGCCAUAUGCCUCUAAUUAAUGACCUGGUCGCACUGGAGGUAUAUCUACUACAUUUUACAAUCUAUUUUUUGGUUAAAUUGCCUCUGCACUUCUCAAGAUGUUUUGCAAUUACUGAAGAUUCAGCCAUUAGUAAAUCAAUACUUGGUAGCACCAGUCUAAUGUGGGGACUAGGUUCUGUCUAUAGAUAAAGGUUCAGUAUCAUUGAAUGGUUCCUAGCUUUAAAUGGAUUUCGGAUCUUAAGCCUGGUUUAACUUUGAACGUAAACAGUGAUUUUUUAUAUGGGUUAAGGGUCUCUUGGAAAACUUUUCAAUGAAGGGUGGGAAAAUAUAUGUUAUUAGAUUCUGUGGUGUAUUAGUUUCACAGCAAGAAAUUCACAGAUCGGGGGAUUAAGGUGUAUCAGGUGACAUUAAGGGGAGAUAAUAAUGAAGUCUUACUGUUAUCAUUCGGCAAACACGAUAACAAAAUACAAUCCCUGUUUCAAUACAGAUAACAAAUUCAUAGUAAGAUCAAAAUGAAAUCUAAUAAUUUGUUAACAACACUUUAAAUUCAUACUGCAAUGGUUGAAGAUGAAAUACAUCAUCUUUAUAAUUAAAAGGGCUCAAAAGGUUUGGAAAUAUGAACUGCUAAUAAAUCAAAUUCAUUUUUGCAGAUUUGCAUUGAAUGAUUUUAUUUCAUGAUGCUGCUAUAACAGUUAAAUGAAUCUUGCUGUCCAUCCUCCUGAGUGCAGGGGUUUUAUAUAGUGCUAUGAGCGUGAGAAAGAUUGAGCUAUAAAUGUGUUACACUUACGGCAGACUUGCUCAACAUCCAGUGUCUUUCAUUUGCUGAUGUCACAAUGCUGUUUCUGAUGUCACAAUGCUGUUGCUGAUGUCACAAUGCAGCUGUUGCUAAUGUCACAAUGCAGCUGUUGCUGAUGUCACAAUGCAGCUGUUGCUGAUGUCACAAUGCUGUUUCUGAUGUCAUAAUGCUGUUGCUGAUGUCAUAAUGCAGCUGUUGCUGAUGUCACAAUGCUGUUGCUGAUUUCAUAAUGCUGCUGUUGCUGAUGUCACAAUGCAGCUGUUGCUGAUGUCACAAUGCUGUUUCUGAUGUCACAAUGCUGUUUCUGAUGUCACAAUGCUGUUGCUGAUGUCACAAUGCAACUGUUGCUAAUGUCACAAUGCAGCUGUUGCUGAUGUCACAAUGCAGCUGUUGCUGAUGUCACAAUGCUGUUUCUGAUGUCACAAUGCUGUUGCUGAUGUCAUAAUGCUGUUGCCAUAAUGCAGCUGUUGCUGAUGUCACAAUGCUGUUUCUGAUGUCACAAUGCAGCUGUUGCUGAUGUCACAAUGCUGUUGCUGAUGUCACAAUGCUGUUUCUGAUGUCACAAUGCAGCUGUUGCUGAUGUCAUAAUGCUGUUUCUGAUGUCACAAUGCAGCUGUUGCUGAAGUCACAAUGCUGUUUCUGAUGUCACAAUGCAGCUGUUGCUGAUUUCAUAAUGCUGUUGCUGAUGUCACAAUGCAGCUGUUGCUGAUGUCAUAAUGCUGUUCAUAUGUAUAUAAUUGCGCAUAAGGAUGUGAGAUACAACAUUUCUAGUGUACAAAAACGAAUACAUGUACGUGUAUGUUAUGAGUCAAGCUUUGUAUUAUUUUUCCAGGUCCAAGUAGCAGGUUUUUGUUAUUUCUUUGAACUUAAUUUGGAUUUGUAAUUUAACAAUCUAGAAUGAUGGACAAGUCUCAUAUGUUUUCUGCUGUUUUGUUGAAAAUCUGCUACUGUGACAUAAGACAACAUGUGAAAUACGGAUGUAGUAAUGUCAAAAUGCUUCCAUUCCAGAGAAGUCUGUGAUUUCUUAUAAAUUUUGUGAGACAUUUAUCACAUGAACUUUAAUUUGGUUUGGUUUUCUCGGAUUAUUUUACUUGUCGUCAUGCCAUGCAGUUUCAUUUCAUGUGUCAUGUGAGAAGGAUAUUCUCCGACACACUGCAGUCACAAGACACCAGGUGUACAAUGACUUGAAUAAUAAAAGUUUAGUGCUAAGAUGGAUUCAAAUUAUUUUUAUAUCCAAUGUGAAAGAGUCCGUAAAAACUGAAAUAGCAAAGCAUCUUCUCAUAACUGUUAUUUCAGCAGCAGUAGGGGAAAGCAAGGUGUCACAGUUUUAGUGAUACUUAAUAUGUACUCAGUUGGGUAGAUCUUCGCUCAGUUAAUAAUAUGCUGUAUAUGGAGUGCUAUAUUUAUGACAUGAAAACAAAGUUUCAUCAUGCUCAAUUUAGAUUAAGUAUUUGAUAUCAUUCGCUGGUUGAUGUUUAUUGUUCUUUGUUUUUCUAUCACAUAACUGCAUCCUUACAUUAAGUCGAUAAACAUCGUCAUGUGGUAAGAGUGCUGAGUGGACUCAGAUCAUCUGAUUAAAGAAAGUGUCAGGGCCGAAGAGAUAUUCAUAAUCGUAUCUCUGUGAAAAACAGACAAGAUCAAAGCAACAACGCCUAGGCUCAUGAUACAUUCACUUACUGUAGCACUUGCCAUUGCACGGAGGUCAAGCUAGGUCGCUGUACUGUUGUCAUGAAAAAUAUAAUCUACUGACUUUCCAAUGUCACUUGCACGUAAGUGAUUGGAGUGUUGCGAAGUUAAUGUUGCGAAUUGUUGGUUACAUAGACUUAGCGCUAAGAUCACUUAAAUGAGUGGGCUCAUCCUUUGAGUGUAGGAUGAUGCGAUAUUAAGCCUUAUUCAUGCCAAUGGCUUUGUGACUCUGAUAUAAGUAUGAUACUUUAUCUGGUAAUUGGAUGUCCAGAACAUUUAAAUAGUAUAUUCAUAUAAAGUACAUGCUUUUUUUACCCAUUUCAAAGAUCCGCUCUUGCAUGGUGAGGUGAGGUGAGGUGAGGUGAAAUUGGGUUUAACGUCGCGUCCAAGAUUAUUGCACUUAUAUAGCGACGUGCAUGCACGUGUAUGUGUGUGUGUGGCUGCUUGUACUAGUCCGGACUGAUGCCGAUUUAUAGUGCUAGCUCACUGAGAUACCAUGCCGCAGUUUAACAUGAAUACCCCACUCAGACACAGUAUACUGACUCCGAGCCGACCAGUCCUUGUUUUAGCCCCUUAAUGCCGAGCGCCAGACAGGGUAACAACAAGUACAAUCUUUUAACGUCUUUUUGUAUGACGCGGCCCGGGAUCGAACCCUGGACCUUCCGCUCUCCGGGCGGACGCUCUACCACAAGACCACGGAGGCGGUCCGCUCUUGCAUGGAACCAUAUGUUCACCAAUGUUUCUCAUGAGUCCAAUCAACAUUAGGAUGGGAUGGGUCCACCCACGUCAUUGCUUUUGGACACACAACAAAGUCCAGUCAUUGGACAAAACACCAGUAUUUUAGUUAAAGACUUAUUUAAUGCUAAUCAACUGUAUGAGUAAGUAUUGUUUAGCAGUUACUUAGCAGAAUACAUCCAAUGCAAGAUUUCUAGCAUUUACUUUAGUGAUAUGUCUCAGUAUUUAAACAUAUAAGGUAUAUAAGCUUAUGAUAUAUAAGGUAUGUAGAUAAGAUGAAUUGUUAUGUUUUUGUACAUUUUUCUAGCAUUUUAGUAACGAUUAUUGUUUCUUUAAGAAUACAUGUAUUAGGUUUCUUAUGGCUAUGUUAUUAUUUUUGUUGAUAGUUCAUUGAUGAAAACAAUUUGUACAAAUUUCUGUUGAUAGUUCAUUGAUGAAAACAAUUUGUACAAAUGUGAAAAUAAAUUUUUUGAACUU